UGUCUUUUCAAUUCAUUUAUCUGCAGGAAUGAUUGCGACUAUCAGUCUGAAGCUCACCGCCUGACUGAGGAGGUGAAAGUUGCGCCACAGGAAGAUAAACCGCAAAAAGACAAUAUUGCACAUGAUUUGCGUGCGCAUCGGAUGAGCAGGAGAGGGAAAUUCCUCUCUACUAAAAGUAAAUAGGAAUAGGGGAUCGGAGUUUGCCUUGCACAGACUUAAGUCAGAGAAAUAGCAAGCAGAGACAGUUGUUAGAGAUUCUUCCUCUCUCAGUCUCCUCCGCUGCAGACUGAAGAUGCUCUUGGACGCAGGACCACAGUAUCCCACCAUUGGAGUGACUACUUUCGGCUCCACCAGGCAUCACUCAACAGGCGAAGUUACAGACAGAGAAGUGGCUUUGGGUAUCAAUCCGUUCGCCGACGGUAUGGGCGCUUUUAAAAUCAACCAUAGCUCCCACGAUCUCGGCUCUGGGCAAACGGCGUUUUCCUCGCAAGCGCCCGGUUACGCCGCCGCUGCCGCCCUGGGACACCAUCAUCACCCCACUCAUGUCAGCUCGUACUCCACCGCCGCCUUCAACUCCACCCGGGACUUUCUCUUUCGCAAUCGGGGCUUCGGAGACGCCACGAGCGCGCAGCACAGUCUGUUCGCCUCCGCCGCUGGAAGUUUCGCCGGACCACAUGGACACUCUGACGCCGCUGGGCACCUGCUCUUCCAGGGACUGCACGAGCAAGCGGCCACACACGCGUCCUCCAACGUGGUGAACAGUCAGAUGCGCCUGGGCUUCUCCGGGGACAUGUACGGCAGGGCCGAGCAAUACGGUCACGUCGCUAGCCCCAGGUCCGAGCACUACGCCUCGACUCAGUUGCACGGCUAUGGCCCCAUGAACAUGAAUAUGGCUGCCCAUCACGGGGCAGGGGCCUUCUUUCGGUACAUGAGACAGCCCAUUAAGCAAGAGCUCAUCUGCAAAUGGGUCGAACCGGAGCAGCUGACGAAUCCGAAAAAGGCCUGCAACAAAACUUUCAGCACCAUGCACGAGCUCGUGACCCACCUGUCGGUGGAGCACGUUGGGGGACCAGAGCAGUCGAAUCACAUUUGCGUUUGGGAAGAAUGUCCCCGGGAAGGGAAGCCGUUUAAAGCAAAGUAUAAACUUGUGAAUCAUAUCAGAGUGCACACCGGAGAGAAACCGUUUCCGUGUCCAUUCCCCGGCUGUGGAAAAGUAUUUGCCCGAUCGGAAAAUCUGAAAUGGAAUUUAACGCUUAAAAAAGGAAAUGUGAAUUACGCAAAUCAAAAUGACAUUUCAGUCCUAAAUAAAUCCAGCGCCUGCUUUUAUAUUUUGCCCCACUAA